GAAGACUCGUGAGGUUUGAUUGAGAAGGGUUGACUUGUCUCUCCAGAGGCUGACACACACACACACACACACACACACACACACACACACACACACACACACACACUGGUAGAACAUGGUUCUGUUGCAGCGCUGCGUUUUUAAGAGGAUUUUCCAGUUUUAUUCAGGGAAUGAAGGAAACACCAGGAGGCUGCUGCCUGCUGCGUUUCUCAAUGCUGCUGGCCACAGGAGCAACUCAACAAUGCCAGACGUAAGGGAGCGGACUCUUAUUGCUGUAAAGCCAGAUGGAGUUCAGCGUCGUCUUGUAGGACAGAUAAUUCAGCGGUUUGAGCAGCGGGGCUUCAAGCUCGUUGGACUGAAGAUGUUGCAGGUGUCUGAUGAUCUCCUGUCUCAGCACUACUGUGAACUGAGGACGAAGCCCUUCUACCCCAGCCUGCUGCAAUACAUGACCUCAGGGCCUGUUGUUGUCAUGGUGUGGGAAGGGCACAAGGUAGUCCAGACGUCACGUACAAUGGUGGGACAUACUAACCCAGCGGAGGCCCAGGCAGGCACAGUCAGAGGAGAUUUCAGCUUUCAUGUCAGCAGGAAUGUGGUUCAUGCCAGUGAUUCUCCGGAGGGGGCACAGAGGGAGAUCCAGCUGUGGUUUCAGAGAAAGGAGCUCCUGAACUGGGACUGCUGUGACCAGACCAUCACCUGUGAGCUGUGAAGACGUUUAGACCUGCAGUCUAUGGACUAAGACCCAGACACAGCGAGAAUCAGUAAUACUACCUCUUCUCCAGCUGCUCAAAGGUCUGUCCCUUGUGACAGUUAUUGAAAAAAGACAAGUCAUUUCCAGUGUUCCUACCAAAUAAUUUACCUCAGUAAGUGCACUUAGAGUCUGAAAGAUUUUUGUUGAAACAAAGAGUUUUAAUUUAAUAAAUCAAGCUAUAUUAGCAACUACACACAUAAAUGCAUAGCUGUGACAUCCUUCAUUGAACAGUGACAGUAGGAGGACACCUCUGGUGUCAGGAUGUGUGUGGUAAUUGGAUAGAGUGUUUUAUAAAUAUAUGCAAAACAUUUAGUUGCAGUGUGGAGCCAUAGUGGAUUAACUUAAUUAAACAUGAAUGAAUUGUUAUUUACAGCUGACAUAUAAUGCACAUGACUAAAAGCGUGUCUAACAUUAACGAUCAAUUUGAUUUGUGUUUUUUUAAAGAUCAGAUUUGAGUUCUAUUACACAAUAAAGACAAAGUAAGAUCUAAGUUGAUUUGACAAGUUUUCACUGAUUCAUGACUUCACCCCCUCGCUGCUAUGUAUGAUGAUCAUGCACAGCUGCAGAAGGCUAAUAGAUUCACAAAAUAUUGCAAAAAGGUUUUAAUCACAGAGAAAUAAAAUCUGAAUUAUAUGACAUAUUUUAACAAAUCCUUGCUGUGAAGUAAUAAUAAAUAAUGAGUCAAAUCUAUACUUUUAUGUUAUUAAACAAAUAUAUAAGUAUAUAUAUAAUUUAUAUAGAAAUAAGAGGCACACCAAAAACCUUUUCAGCAAAGUGUUGAAAUAUGUGUGUAAUUAUUCUACUUGAAUGAAAUUGUGUUAAUUGUAUGUAAAUCAAGUGCAUUUGUGUAUUUGAAAUUGUUAAGUAAUCCUCCUACCUCUGUUUAAAAGAAGAAAUAAAUUAGGGUGAACAGUUGCAAGUACAAAACUUUGUCAGGAAUUGUCUGAAAUGAAAACAGUUCAUAGUCUAGUCAAAAUCAAAUAAUGAAUGUUUACACUGGAACACUCUGGUCAAUGUUAUUUGUAAAAUGUCCUGUUGCUGUCAGUGUGAAAAUGUACUGAAGUAACAUGAUGAUGAUUUACCUCCGCCUGCUAUUAAUGGACAAUCAAUGAUUGAGAUUUCAUGUAUGUUGACAUCUUCAGUGUCACUUUUUUAAUUCUUCAUGCACCCAAUAUCACUGAUUAAAUUACUUAUCUAGA